GCCCGACGCCUCCCGCUCGCCGCUCCCGGAACCCGCCCUCCCCGGGCCGGGCUCUGGGCACAGGACCUCUGGGUUCCAAGAGCGCUGUCCCGGACACCAUGGGCUCAGAGAUGGAGCCACUGCUCCGGGCCUGGAGCUAUUUUAGACGCAGGAAGUUCCAGCUCUGCGCCGAUCUAUGCACGCAGAUGCUGGAGAAGUCCCCUUAUGACCAGGCGGCUUGGAUUUUGAAAGCGCGGGCACUGACAGAGAUGGUGUACAUAGAUGAAAUUGAUGUGGAUCAGGAAGGAAUUGCUGAAAUGAUUCUGGAUGAAAAUGCUAUUGCUCAGGUCCCACGCCCUGGCACAUCUUUGAAGCUCCCUGGCACUAACCAGACAGGAGGACCGACUCAAGCUGUCAGGCCAAUCACUCAAGCUGGAAGACCCAUAACAGGUUUCCUUAGGCCCAGCACGCAGAGUGGAAGGCCAGGUACAAUGGAACAGGCCAUCAGAACACCCAGAACUGCCUACACAGCACGACCUAUCACUAGCUCAUCUGGAAGAUUCGUCAGACUGGGGACUGCUUCCAUGCUUACAAGUCCCGAUGGACCAUUUAUAAAUUUAUCUAGACUGAAUUUAACAAAAUAUUCCCAGAAACCUAAGUUGGCAAAGGCCUUAUUUGAAUAUAUUUUCCACCAUGAGAAUGAUGUUAAGAUGGCUUUGGAUUUGGCGUCCCUUUCCACGGAAUAUUCUCAGUACAAGGACUGGUGGUGGAAGGUACAGAUUGGAAAAUGUUACUACAGGUUAGGAAUGUACCGUGAAGCAGAGAAACAGUUUAAAUCAGCCUUGAAGCAGCAGGAAAUGGUAGAUACAUUUCUCUAUCUGGCAAAAGUUUAUAUCAUAUUGGAUCAACCUGUGACUGCUUUAAAUCUAUUCAAACAAGGCUUAGAUAAGUUUCCAGGAGAGGUGACCCUGCUUUGUGGAAUUGCCAGGAUCUAUGAGGAAAUGAAUAACAGUUCAUCUGCAGCAGAGUACUACAAAGAAGUUCUAAAACAAGACAAUACUCACGUGGAAGCCAUUGCCUGCAUUGGAAGCAACCACUUUUAUUCUGACCAGCCAGAGGUUGCCCUCCGGUUUUACAGGCGCCUCUUGCAGAUGGGAGUCUAUAACUGCCAGCUUUUCAACAACCUGGGGCUCUGCUGCUUCUACGCCCAGCAGUACGACAUGACCCUGACCUCGUUUGAGCGUGCCCUUUCCCUAGCUGAAAAUGAAGAAGAGGCAGCUGAUGUCUGGUACAACCUGGGGCACAUCGCUGUGGGAAUAGGAGAUACAAACUUGGCCCAUCAGUGCUUCAGGCUGGCCCUGGUCCACAACAACCACCAUGCUGAAGCCUACAACAACCUAGCCGUGCUGGAGAUGCGGAAGGGUCACAUUGAACAGGCACGAGCGCUCUUACAAACCGCAUCGUCUUUGGCACCCCACAUGUAUGAGCCACAUUUUAAUUUCACAACAGUCUCUGAUAAGAUUGGAGAUCUUCAGAGAAGCUAUGUUGCAGCUCAGAAGUCUGAAGCGGCAUUUCCUGAGCACGUGGACACACAGCACUUAAUUAAGCAGCUGAAGCAGCACUUUGCAAUGCUCUGAUCAGUGCCUGGACCACAUAUGCCUUCAUGGAGGGCCAGCGCACGGGGAAGAAAACGUUCCGAGUGCAUUUGUAUCAAUACUGUGAUGCAGACCUCACAAGGCGUCCUACAAGACUGUAAACCAGAACUUGUUGUAUGAACUUUGUUGUUUUAUAAGGUAACACUAGAAAAACAGGACAUAAGCAUUUCCUAGUUGCUGUAGCAAUUAAAAAUUUAUAAUUAGAUACAGACAUUUUCAAAGACAUAUGUCAUAUAUGUUGGGUGCACUUCUGCCAUGCUCUCCUCCCCCAUUAGUCCCCUUUGUCCCCUAGACACUUUCAUGUCACCUAUAUGGGUGUGAGUUUAGGUAACUGACUAAGAUCUAGAAGCUGCAAAUUAGAGAAGAAACACAAUUUUUGUUAUUCUGAGUCUGACUAAAUUAGCUGAGCGUGUGUACUAUAGUAGUAUAGGCUGGUCGUGAAUUAAAAUCCCCCACCUCAGCCUCCUGAGUACCGUGGUUACAGACAGACAGGCAGACACCACCAUGCCCAGGUAGCUUCAGCAUUUCUAAGGAGAUGAAAUCUCUCACAAUGCAUGGUAGAUAUUUGUAUAUAGUUGUUAAGCAUUUUCAUGAACCUCUAUUUUUUUUAUAAAUGUGUAUUUUAAAACUUGUUAAGCAAAAAAAAAAAAAAAGUCUUUAAGCAUUAGCUAUUAUUAUAAACUUAGGAAGUCAGAAAUCUGCUUUAAUUUUUUUAUUUUUAUGGCUAAUAAUGUGUG